AUGCAGAGUGCGACACAACUGUUUUCCGCCCAUCUGGCCCUCUUGGCUGGCGAGCCCGAGCGGUGGCGCCAGCUCUACGCCGACGACGCCGUCAUGGAGUUCCCCUACGCCCCGACCAUCGGCGCGCCAGCGCGCUACGAGGGCGUCGAGGCCAUCUUCAACCACGUCCAGGGCGUCUUUGCCCAGCUGAGCGACCCGGUCUUUGGCAACAUCAGCAUUCAGCCGCUGGCGACCCCCAAACUCGGGAAAGAAGAAACUGGUGGAGAGGAAGCAGAGGAGAGGGUCGUGGCCGAGUUCGAGAUCGCCGCGGUGGUGAAGAACACGGGUCGGCCCUACAACCAGAAGUACAUCGCCCUCAUGACGGCACGGAGGGGCAAGAUCGUCUUCUUGCGCGAGUACUGGAACCCUCAGGAAGUCCUCAAGUCCUUCGCUGCCCUGCCUGGCGUCUGA